CAAGUGAUGUUAUAAACUAGGACUAAAAUGGCCGAUAGCCAUUCGUAUUUUUCAGCGUUGUUUCGUUUUCUUUGUUAAUUUUUUACUAGUUUUAUCAUUUCUGAUAAAUAUUAUGAUGGGAUUAAAUGAAAAAUAUUUCAUUUGAUUGAAAUCUACGACAUGGCGAACUUAAGAGACAAAACUCUGUCUCAGCUUUUACACUGUAUCACUGAAGUUGAAAAGAAAUUAACUGAACCUGCAACCCGGUCUCUACCUGAUGGGGAUAUGAAGAUGUGGGAUGUUGCAAUUACUCAAGCCCUGGGCCAGUUGCAGAGCAUCAAGGACAACCUCAGACAGAGGAGACACAUGACGAGUGGUGCUUGUAAAGAAGAUUCUUAUGCAGCUGUGGAUGAAGACCCUGAACUGUAUCACGCAGCAAAUGAGCAUUCUGGAAUUUUCAAUAAACAGAAUGUGAAAGUAAAAGAGACCGAGGCCUGUGUAAAGGAUGACGACAGGGAUUCUGAUGAUACAGACGACCUGGAGAACUUUGAUAACUUCAAUCUGGAUGAUGUCAUAGAGAAUACUCCAAUUAAAGACAGUAGCAAGACUGGCAAUCCUUUGAAGGGAAAGACUAGUGGAACUGAAAGGAGUUUUGCGGGAAAGGACCUUAAUAGUUGUAUGAAAUCUCUUCCAACAAGGAUGUAUAGUUCAGAAGAUGCUGACCAAGGAAACAUUGAAUCUGCUUGUAUGCAGAAUCUAAGUGGGCAAAGUGGGGAUAUGAAGAAUCUAAGUGGGCAAAGUGAUAUGAAGAAUCUAAGUGGGCAAAGUGAUAUGAAGAAUCUAAGUGGGCAAAGCGGGGACAGAGACUUUGACAAAUAUCAGGACGACUUUGAUGCCAUGUUGGAUGAUGAUAAUGACUUUGCUUCUGCAGAUGUCAAUGGUGAUGGGCCAGUUAGUACCAGUGAUGUCACAGAUGAAUUUUCUGAUGAUUUGAUGGACGAUGAACUAGAGGCUUUGGAGGAAGCAGAGCGCAGUUUCACAGGUCAGGACACAGACCCUUCCACAACUGAUGUAGAGGUUAUUGAAAAUGUAGACGAAGAUGAAGAAAACCAACCACAGGAUAAGAAGUACCUGCAAGUGUUGAAGCAGUAUUUUGGAUACCACAAGUUUAGACCAAUGCAGUGGAAAAUCUUGCACUCUGUGAUGAUAGAGAAGAGAGAUAAUUGUGUCAUUAUGGCAACAGGGCAUGGCAAGAGCCUGUGUUACCAGUUCCCCUCACUGAUGACAGGAAAGACGACUGUGGUUAUCUCCCCUCUCAUAUCCCUCAUGCAGGACCAGGUCUUGGGGCUAGAAGCUGCCAACAUUCCAUCUUGUUUCCUGGGAUCAGCACAAGAGAAUUCAGCUGAAGUGAAAGCAAAUCUCAUGAGGGGUGAGUACCGUGUUGUAUACAUCACACCAGAGUUUGCCACUGGGGCCACGGAAAUGCUGACCUCCCUGGACCAGAAAGUGGGCAUUGAUCUCAUAGCGAUAGACGAGGCUCACUGUGUGUCCCAAUGGGGUCACGACUUCAGAGACUCAUACCGAAAACUAGGUCAACUGAGGUCCCUCUUCUCGAAUACCCCAUUUAUGGCGUUGACUGCGACUGCAACUCCUGAAGUGCGGCUGGACAUAUGCAAGAGUCUGCGAAUGAAAAAUCCCAUCAUCACAUGCACUGGCUUUGAUAGGCCUAACCUGUUCCUGUCUGUGAGCUUGAAGUCCGGGGAUAUCCUAUAUGACCUGCAAUCCCGGAUGGAAAAAACAGGGAACCGAUGGAAGUUCAGUGGGCCCACAAUUGUAUACUGCCCAACAAAGAAAAUCACGGAUGAUGUGGCCAACAUACUCAAAGGUUUAAAUAUGCCAUGUUUGCCGUACCAUGCUGGGCUCACCCCAAAGGCCAGGAAAGAGGCCCACAAGAGGUUUGUCAAUGACGACAUACAGGUCGUUGUAGCAACCGUUGCAUUUGGAAUGGGCAUCGACAAACCAGAUUGCAGGAACGUCAUACAUUAUGGAGCUCCUAAGGACAUAGAGUCCUACUACCAGGAGGUGGGCAGGGCAGGCAGGGAUGGCAUGCCCAGCAGUUGUCACACUUUCUACGCCAACAGUGACUUCAACACAACCAGGUUCCUUUUGAAGGACAUAAAAAGCGUGAAGUUCAAGCAACACAAGGUGACUAUGAUGUCUAAGAUGUCCAAGUACCUGUCUGCAGCAACAUGCAGAAGAAGGAUAUUACUCUCGCAUUUUGACAACAAAAACUUGGAGCAGAUUGGGGGCACAGCAAAUUGUUGUGACAACUGUAGAAAAAUAAUUGAAACUAGUCGACAGAAAAGCUACUAUGACUCAAAGAACUGGUCAUCAGUGGUUGCACAUCAGGUGUCAUCAAUUGAGCCUGUGGAUUACCGCAAGGAGGCUGGACACUUCUUUAAAGUCGUUCAGGCACUAAAUGGUCGCUACGGCUUGAACAACACAUUGUUGGUCCUUACUGGCUCAUCCAGUGAGAAAGUGAAACGCCAUGCCAAACUCCAGGUCUUUGGCAUUGGGAAGUACAGGAAGGGUCCGUGGUGGAAGGCGUUUGGCAAGUGUCUCAUAGAGCAGGGCUACUUAGAGGAGGUGGCGUGUGGUGUGGGCGUAUAUGGUUCCACCAUCAACAUCACUACACAGGCUGACUCGUGGAUAUGUGCAGGUGGACUUGAGUGCAAGAAGGAGCUGAAGUUCAUUCCCAAUCAAGAGCUGGCUGCCGAGGAGAGGCCUGGUGUCACGGUGGCCAUAAGGCCUAGUAUCCCCUCAGUAAGUCCCCCAGCCCCUAAGCCUGGCCUGAAGCGGAAUAUUUCCAGCCCCUUGCCUCGGGCUGGAAAACCUUGCCUUGUUGAAGUGACCCCUGCGGCAGCCCUUGCACCACAGAAACCAAUUGUAGACGUACGCACUGCACGGUUGGAGGCAGACCUCUACACGAGGCUUAUACGACGUAGAAAUGAACUGGCCCAGCAGACCGGCUACACUCCACAUUCCAUUGCCAGCAACAAAGUGCUCCUGGAUAUGGCUAAAAUCAGACCAAGCACCAAGUCAGGGUUACUGAGGUUGGAAGAUUUCCCAGAGGCUAAGGUGGAGAGGUUUGGAGAGGGGCUUCUGGAGGUGAUAUGUCCCUUCUGUGGGGAGAAUGAUCUUGCCAUGGACAACUUUCCGCAAAUAGAUAUCGACAAGUCCACCAGUGAUCUGCAGACGGAGAUCUACAGUUUAACGGAAACCCAGAGAACAUCGUACAUCAUGUGUGCAGUGCAGAAAAACUCAGUGGAGGAGGUUGCCUCAAGACGAGGCCUGAAGACUUCCACCAUUCUCACGCACAUGGCAGAGGCCAUCAAGGUGGGGCUGCCAGUAGACCUACAAUCCCUGGGGGUCACCAGGGAUAUACAGGGCAUGAUCACCAAGGCAAUCAGGGGCCCUGUGGUGAACUCUCAGAUCUCCAGUAUGACUAAGAUCAAAGACCAGCUUCCAGAGUACAUAGAGUACAACCACAUCAGACUUGUUAUAGCCUUACUGGUCCGUCAGUACGGACAGAGAGGGGAAACAGGGAAAGGGGAACUCUAUCUGGAGGGAAGUCAGGGGGACCUCAGAACCUCCCUUCAACAGUCACAGCUAGAGAUCGAGGAGAGCCAAAUCAAGACUGAAUUGCAAGUGUCGUCUGUUAACCCAUUCCUCACUGGUUCCCAAACAGCAUCUCAGGACCAGUCAGCAGGAACAAAACGCAAGCUUCCUGAUUGGAUGGCAUCUUCAAAGAAACCAGUCUUAACGAAGAAGUUGAAGUCAAAUAGCUUGUUUCAUUAAAAUACAUUUGUGGGAACCAUGUUCACUUCAGAUAAUGUGUAUGUGUUGAAAAAUUAAUUGUACAGUUAAGGGCAGAUAGUGUUUGUAUUUGUUCCAUCUGUUUUUUGUGCAUCCUAUUUUUUGAAAGACAAAUUUGACAUGUUUACUUAGAAAGUGCUUACAUUUGUGAGAAAUGCUUUGAAAUAACAAGUUCAUUAUGAGCCCUUAAGAGUCAACUGAACGCUCAUUAAUUAAUUGCUAUUUCAUAAAUAGUUUUAAUAUAUCAAUUCAUCAAUGUCACAUUCAGGAAGAGUUGCUUAUCAAUAAACAACCAUGCAUAAAGCUACUUUGGGUCUUUCAUGAUCUGGUAAAUAUUUUUCACCUGAAAUAAGAGUAAAUAUUUUUCACCUGAAAUAAGAGCUUAAUGUUUCUUUACCUUUCUAUGACUGGCCUUAUUGAUUCCUUCAUCAUUGGGUAUAUGCAGUUCAACACAUUAUUGAGUGCCUUGUUAUGUUAAGUGUCCAGAUUCAGUAAGAAAACUGGGGGGGGGGGGAAUACAUUUUCAUUUACCAGUAAAUUAAUUGAAAUAUAUGCUUUUGUUUGCAUUUAAGUCUUGAAAAUAUUGAUGUAUGAAAUUUUGCAACUAUCAUUGUUCUAAGUUAUGCAGCAUUUAUGUUAAUUAUUGUGAGAUACUGCAAUUGUCAAGAAAUAAUCAGGUGUUUAUAGUACAUGUACAUAGGUUAUAAGUAAUUAGUAACAUAGAACAUUAAUUUAAUCAGUUACAACAAAAAUAAUGUAAUGUGCCAAUUUGAAAAAUAGUUGUUUGAAUCAUUCACAUUUAGUGCUACAUGUAACACCUCAUAAUAAUACUGUAUUAUAAAACAGACUGACAGCCACAACUAUUUAUAGCAAAAUAUGAUUCUAAAGUAUACAUUUAUUUGUGGUGUGUGGAGAAUGUGUGUAUUAUACUUUAAAAAAAUUGAAAAGAUUUCAAUCUGUUGUUAUAAUAAUUUUGGUAAUUUUAAUAAAAUAUGCAAAUACAUAAA